UGAAAUCGAAAUCUCGCGCUUGUUCGCUCCCGUCCUCUUCCUCUGCCGUUCGUCUCCACCUGUGUCGACCCCGCGUCUUCCCUGCUCCUUCUCGCCAUGCCCAAGGUCGUCUCUCGCUCCGCCGUUUCAUCCUCCACAGAUGCACAACCCACUGCGUCAUCAACAGCAGCGCUGCGCGUCUACUAUUGCAUCUGCGGCGAGUUCAUUCUUGUCAUAGACAAAAGCUUAGCUUCUCUGCCCAAGCGAAGGACAGAUGGCGCAGUCAUCGUCCAAUGUCGGGACAGCGAGCUUGGGAAAGCCAAGGUCUUCAAGCUGAACGCAGUAAACAAGGAUCCCAUACUCGUUGAGCGCGAGAACGGCCACGAAAGGCAGCACAAAUUCCACUGUCCGCGGUGUAGUCUGCCUGUGGCGUAUCAAUCGACGCCGCCGCCUGUCAAGUCAGGUCCCUAUCUAUACAUUCUCAAGGGAGCCCUUAGUCAGGUCCAGGGUCAAGUUCCGUCUGAUGCAUUUGAGGACGAGUGAUAGUCGUAGUGUAGCUAUGUGUUGGCCAAAAGGACUGUUUAUAUCUAGUUCUGCUUGAAUGUGAUCGACUAGCAUCGUGUU